UAACGUUUCGGUAUCGCUACCGCGCGCAACCCGACGCCGCCGCCGCCGGACGACGACGACGACGAUUACGACGUCGUCAUUGUACAUAAGACGACAGACCUUUGCGGAGUUCGAGACUUGCGUAUUGUCGACUUUUAUCCCUGAAAACGUCAUACAUAAUAAUAAUAAUAUAUCUUUGCUACUAUCUCCUGAAAUUCCAUAUUUUCGUAUCGCUUCGUUCGUUUUGACGUUCGCAUUCUCACAGUGUUCCCUAUCGGGGGCUGCGUUCCAAGCCUCGCGCACGACUUCGUUCUGUAUACUGUCCGACGACUACUCUUGUACAUUCUAUUUCAGUCCACUCGUUUAGAAUAAAUACGUUCCCAUGUGCGUUUGUGUGAGAUUUUGCUAUGGAUUUGAGUAGACCGCCGAAUCGAUAACACGUCGUAUACCGGAAAUCUACGUUUUCCGUGUAAGUGUAGUUAUAUAUUGGAUAAAUAUCGUGUUACAAAUUUAAAAUUUUAUUUUGAAGACUCACAUAAAAAUCAAUUAUUUUCAAAUCAAACAUCAAUUUAUUUAAACGCAACUAUGGAAAUUUAAAUGCGUAAACUUAUUAUACUAUUGUGUAAUUAAGCUCGCUUUUGACAUCUACAACACCUAAUAGGUUAUUAUCUGUAUUCUUCAUCAAGAUUUAGCCAUGGAAGCCGGUAGUUCGGCUUGCGUGGCUUUGGCAUUUUUGGUCAACUACAAUACGUUAAAAGCUGGCUUCGUAUACGAUGACAGCCGGGCGAUAGUCAACAAUCCGGACGUGACGAGAGCCGCACCGCUGACCGACAUCUGGACCAACGACUUCUGGGGCACGCCGAUCGGGUCGAGCAGCUCGCACGGCUCUUACCGGCCGCUGUGCGUGGCCUCGUUCCGGCUGAACCACUGGACUGGUGGCCUGGACCCGAAGGGCUAUCACGUGGCCAACGUUUUGCUUCAUUGCGCCGUCACGUAUUUGGUGUACGCUGUGUACAGGACUCUGAUGCCCGGCCGCCGGCCCGCCGCCGCCGCCGCCGUGUUCGCCGUGCACCCGGUGCACGCCGAGGCCGUGGCCGGUGUCGUGGGCCGCGCCGACCUACUCGCUUGCCUGUUCUACCUGGCCGCGUUCCUGUGCUACACGGCGCACGUCCGGCAUCGGGACAGGACGCCGGACCCACGGCGGCGCGUCGUGUGCUGCGACGCCGGCUGCCAUCGACGAACGUACCGGUUGGGCUCGGCGGUGCGCACCGUUUUCGCCGCGCUGGGCCUAGGCACGUGCUCCAGCGACCUGGACGGUCUGCCCGGCGGUGUGACCGAGUGUUGCGCUGUCCGGGAAUGGGCUUGCUUGGCGGCCACCGUGCUCAUGGCAGCCGCGUCUAUGCUGGCCAAAGAGACUGGACUUACCGUUUUGGCCGUGUGCGCUGUGUACGACGUGUUGUUUGCCAGCAAGCAGUCGCCGAAUAAGAAUUCUGGUGGAAUGUAUAGAACGCUGGCGAUCCUGUCGGGCGCAGCGGCUGGUCUGCUGUUUGCUAGGAUGUCGCUGAUGGGCGAUGGCGGACCACCUGUGUUCGCGGCAGCCGACAACCCGACCGCCAAGUCGCCCAGUCUGGUAACGCGAACACUUACGUUCCUAUACCUGCCCGCCGAGAACUUCCGGUUGCUUGUCUACCCUCGGAGACUGAGCUUUGACUGGUCUAUGGACGCUAUCACGCCCGUAACUUCCGUCUACGAUCCCAGGAACGCGUUAUCCAUCGCCCUAUACGUGGCCCUAUUCACCGUGGCCAAGCGGUCCGUCGUAGCUGCGUCCAGGGCCAGACUACACCAUCACCGGCCUCACAGAUGCUGUUCAAAGACCAAAUAUGAUCGACCGGUCGACCUACCCGAUGACCCGGCAAAAACCAUGGGACUCGCAGUAGCCAUGACCGCCAUACCGUUUGUACCGGUGUCUAAUUUAUUCUUCUACGUGGGAUUUGUACUGGCUGAGCGGGUGCUGUAUAUGCCAAGUGUGGGCUACUGCUUCUUGUUCGGGUACGGUUACGCGGCGCUGGAACGCCGGUUGGGGCCCAAGUGGCCAAGAAUGGGGCUGAUAGUGGUGCUCACCGUAUACGGUGCUCGGACGGUCAUCAGGAACAAUGACUGGCAAGACGACGAGUCGCUGUACCGAUCGGGCGUGCACAUAAACCCACCCAAAGCCUAUGGAAAUUUGGGCUCUAUACUGAGUAGUCAGGGUCGAUUGGACGAGGCGGAAACGGCGCUGAGGACGGCGUUACAAUAUCGACCGAACAUGGCAGACGUGCAUUACAAUUUAGGGAAUUUACUACGGGAAAAAGGUGACGCCGAAGCAGCCGUGUCAAGUUACAAAAAUGCAAUAAUGUACCGACCCUCGCUAGCAGUGGCGUACCUGAAUAUGGGACAGCUGUUGGCUACGAUGGGCCGAUGUGAGGAAGCAGAAUCCGUGCUGAAGCUGUGCGUUUCACUGGACGGAUCUUAUUCCAAGGACCCUAUGAACCACGAGACCAGUAGGGUGUCAGCACUGGUCACAUUGGGCAAACUGCACGCAGACAGAGGCAGGUACUCGGACGCGGUGCAGGCUUACAAGCACGCAGUUGCCAUUCUCCCACCGUACUACAACUCUCGGGUACUGUUCAGUUUAUACGGUGAUGCGUUGGCGCAACUCAACAGACACAGAGAAGCCGAAAUGUGGCACAAGGCGGCACUGGAAGUCGGGCCUGAUCAUGUUCCGGCACACUUGAGUUAUGGGAAAUGGCUCGCAAAAAAUAGAACGCGUAUUCACGAAGCAGAAAAUUGGUUUCUACGGGCAAAAAAAUUGGCGCCCGGUGACGCGUCCGUGUACAAACAUUUCGGAGUUUUCCUGCUGGAACAAGAACGGUACUCUGAAGCCGCAUCGCAGUUAGUAGAAGCCGUCGCACUUGAACCCGAAGACUACGACUUGACUGUUACAGCAGCCACAGCGCUUAGGCAAGCGGGCGUGUCGCUCAGGGCUGAGGAAAUGUACAGAAAAGCAGCCAUACUCAGGCCACAAGACGCAAGCAGUCACAGCAAUCUGGGAGCGAUGCUGCACCUGAACGGCAAGCACCGCGAGGCGUUAUCCAGUUACCAAAACGCGUUGAGGAUAUCGCCGGACGACCGGACCACGCUGGACAAUCUCAACAAGCUGAGAAACGUGUUGCGUCGCCGGUCCAGAGCGGCGUGAUGAUGGCUACCGCAUCGACGGCCGUGAUAAUUUUACUGUAAUGAUAACAAUAUUAUGUAUAAUAUGAUGAUAAUAUCGACGACGACGACGACGACGAGUGUGUGGUUUUGUAUCAAGGCGUAAUUUUCUAUAUUUUUUUUCGUACAUACAUAAUAUAUACAACAUAUAUGAUAUAUUUUAAAAAUAUUUAAUC